UUAUCAAUGGAAUCAGAAAGAAGCAGCUCCUUUCCUCUAAUGGAAGAUCCCAGCACUCCCACGUUGUCGAAUGCUGACCCACACUUUGGGAUGGAACAUGAGGAGGAAGUGGAGCCGUCAAACAUUCAGGAGAGGCAAGUGCUUAGGGUUGUCAAUGCAGGCUCUGAUACGCCAAGUGAGGGAGACCCAGAAGAGGUGGUGGGGGGUGAAAUUGAGGAAGAAGAGACUGAUACAUGCCGAGAGAGGAGCGACUGGGCUCAAAUGGACCUCGAAGAGAAGGGUGCCGGUGCAUCCCUCCCAGCAGACUCUCGCCCCUUCCGGUGCUCUGAGUGUGGGAAGGGUUUUGCACAGAGCUCGAACCUGGUGAAACAUCAGCGGAUCCACACAGGAGAGCGCCCGUUCCGAUGUCCUGAGUGUGGACAUGGCUUCAGCUGGAGUUCAUCGCUGGCGGAGCAUCUCAAGACACACGGUGGCUGCCGCCCCCACAUCUGUGGCGAAUGUGGAAAGUCUUUUGCCCGCGGUUCCACGCUAGCAGAGCAUCAGCGGGUGCACACGGGGGAGAAGCCCUUCCGGUGCCACCAAUGUGGAGCCCGUUUCUCGCAGAGCUCCACCCUCGUGCACCACCUGCGCACGCAUUCGGGCGAACGCCCCCACGCCUGCCCGGACUGCGGGAAGUGCUUUGGCCGCAAAUCGACCCUUGUCACUCACCGGCGGACUCACACUGGUGAAAAGCCCUAUCUGUGCAGAGAAUGUGGCCGGUGCUUUGGCGUGAGCUCUGACCUGGCUAAGCACAUGCGCAACCACCGUGCAGAUGGCAAUAGAUGGGGAAAUAAAAUGGGAGAGGAGCAGUCAGACCUAUCAUGUACAGUCCUGGAUCAGGGCAUCCAGCAAACGGAGGAAUCUUCUCUCGAAGUUUCAAAGGUCGCCGAGCAGCCAAGUGAUCAGGCAGAUGGGGAGGAAGAGAGAACGCAUAGAUGCCCUGUCUGUGAAGAAAGCUUCAGCCAAAGUUGCUCUCUGACAGCUCAUCAGAAGCUCCAUGUGAGUCGAGUUGCAAACCACUGUGAUCGAGGUGCAGAAACACUCCUGGACCAGUCAAAACAAGAGGUUCAUGUAGUGAGCAGCCGUGUGGAAGAGAAGCCUUACAAAUCCUCUGACGGUUACAUUUGCUUUCCUGAAAGCUCUGCACUUGAGGGAGAUCAGAGGGUACACCUUAGAGAUAUAUCCUAUUCCUGCCACCAGUGCGGAGAGCAUUUCCCCAGUAGUUUGAACUUGAAGCAGCACCAGUGCACUCAUGAUGCGGAGGAGAAGGCCUUUAAGUGCCUGGAGUGUGGAAGCCGCUUUGCUGAGGCUGCUGCUGUAGCUGUGCACCAGAGGAUCCACCUGGGCAUGGAGUUUGGUGCUUGCCCCCCUUGCGGGAGAGCCUUUGGCAGUAGUGAUGAGCGGAUGCUUCACCAGAAGAGUGAUGCUGGUAAGGAAAAGGAGGAGGAAAAGCCUGAUCAGUGCCCCAUAGGCUGCGACAGCUUCCUUGAAAAGGCAGAUCUUGUGAUGCAUAAAAUCAGCCACGGCACAGGUGAGCCAUCCUGCCCCUGCGACCACUAUGGCGAAGCAUUUUCUAGGAACUCGGAGCUUAAGGUUCACCCUCUGAGCCAUCCCGCAGAGGAGGCCUUGGAGAAGCCAUACUCCUGCGCAGCCUGUGGCAAGACCUUCGCCCUCUUUGCUACGCUGGUGGCCCACGAACGCAUCCAUAUGUCGGAGGACGACGCCUAUCGCUGCCCGACGUGCGGCGAGCACUUUCCCGACAGCAGCAAGUUGGGGAGGCACCAGCAGCGCCACUUGGGCGAGGAGCGACCUUUCCGGUGCCCGGCUUGUGGAAAGGGCUUUGUCCUCCUUUCAGGGCUUCGGCAGCACCAGCGAGACCCCCCGUCCCGAUGUCCUCAGUGCGGCGAGACCUUUGCGUGGCGCUGCCGACUUGCAGAACACCGGCGCAGCUGCCACCCAGCCGAGCGCCCUUAUAAGUGCCCUGAGUGCGGGAAAAGUUUCGCGCAAAGUUCAAAGCUCUUGCGGCACCAGGUGACGCAUACCGGCGAGAAGCCCUUUAAGUGUCCGGAAUGCGGCAAAAUCUUCAGCCAGAGCUCUAACCUGGCAGAGCACCGGCGCACGCACACCCCUGGCAAGGCCCACCGCUGUGCCAUCUGUGGCAAAGCUUUUGCCUUGGGCUCCUACUUAGCCAAGCACCAGGCCACUCACACAGGGGCGCGCCCUUUCCGGUGCACCGAAUGCGGCAAGGGCUUCCGUCAAAGCUCCAACCUCAUUCAGCACCAGCGCACGCACACGGGCGAGAGGCCCUACGUUUGCAGCUCUUGCGGCAAAUCCUUCACCCAGAACUCGCACCUGGUCAAGCAUUGGCGGGUUCACACAGCCGAAAGACCCUACCGGUGCCCCAUCUGCAGCAAGAGCUUUCGGCAGAGGGGCAACCUCGCCGAGCACCAGCACCAGCAUGCCGGCACGCGGCCAUAUGUUUGUGGUGCUUGCGGGAAAUCCUUCCGCUGGAGUUCUGCUUUUUCCAAACACCAGCGUACCCACCUUGCCCCUUGACCUCUGACACUGGAGAAGGAAGAGAAAGCAGGAAGUUCCUCCAUCAUAUUCGACCUUUUCCAAAUAUUUACCUAUUUUGCUUCCUUGCUCCCGGUUCUCUCCUUCUCAUCAGGAAAUCCUUAUUUUGGAACCUGGUGCUGUCUCUAACUGUGGGGCACUUAACAGUGGUCAUGCUAGAAUCUGGAUUUUAUAGUCUUCACCAUCCAUGUUCUUCUUUAGAUGGUAAUUGUUAUUCCACUUCCUUAAAGGUUGGUAGGCCAGCCAUUCGCCACUGGCACUCAUUCUGCUGAGGAGGGCCCUGGACUACUGCUUUCUCCCCGGGAGAGCACCAUAAAUUUCUUAGCAACUAUUGAGCCUUCUGACUUCACAUCUGUUCUUUGACCUCAAACUAAGCAUCUUUACUGUGAAACUGGCAUCUUCUCCAAGCACCAGCGGACUCAAAUUGGGGCCUGAUCCAGACAAAACUGUUACCUCUUGGCCCAAAUGUAGAUCCUUUGGCCCUGAUAGCAGACUCUUAUGUCCUUUCCCUAAGACCUGUACUGUAAACUUGAGAUCAGUUUUGUAACUUAAAUGGUGCUGACAGAAUCUUCCUCUCAAAAUUUUUAGUUCUCUGAUAUCUCAUUCCAUCUGGUCAGAUCUUUCUCUAAAUCUCUUAGUCUGGCUUUGAUGCUUAUUCUGGGAUAAGCCCAACAUCAGACCCCAUUGAUUUUGCCUCAUUCUCUGAGCAGCUCUAAUCUUUGAUACCACAACCUGGUUAUUUUCUUGGUUUCUACCCUCUGAUGCCUGACUGUAAAUUUCAACAGGCCUCAGUGUUCUAAAACCAGUCUCUGUUUUAAUAAUUGAUUAUCUGCUAUCAGAGCAGAGUGGAUUUGAUUUAAAUCAA